AACCUAUCGUAUAACGUUUCUUCUUGAUUUAACUUUUAACCUGUGCGGACUUAACUCUCUUCAGUCCUUGAUGCACUGUAAAUAAGCAGACAACUAAAAGUCAACAGAUGGAGGCCAUAAAAAGUCUGCUUGGAUUUGAGUGGAUGGACGGAAUAAGUAUUGUGAUAUUUCUGUGUGUUUUUGUGCUGUUGGCUGAUAUUUUGAAGAACAGAGUCCCAUCAAACUUUCCUCCUGGACCGUGGGCUCUCCCAUUGAUCGGAGACCUUCAUCGCAUCAAAGCCAGCAGGAUCCACGUGCAGCUCUCAGAGUUUGCAGAGAAAUAUGGAAAGAUUUUCAGCCUGCGGCUCUUUGGUGGAAGAGUUGUGGUCAUCAAUGGAUACAAGCUUGUGAGAGAGGCCCUGGUCCAAAAAGGGGGAGGACUAUGUCGAUCGCCCCGUCAUACCUAUUUUUUGUGCAAUGAUGGGGGACAAGGGUCUGGUGAUGUCAAACAGCAAUCCAUGGAAGCAACAGAGGAGAUUCGCUCUUCACACUCUCAGGAACUUUGGAGUGGGCAAGAAGACCCUGGAGCCAUCCAUCCAGCAGGAGAGCCAAUAUCUCACUGAGGCUUUUGCCAAUCACAAAGGACAGCCUAUGAAUGCUCAGCCACUGAUAAUCAGUGCUGUGUCCAACAUUAUCAACUGCCUUGUGUUUGGACAUCGCUACGAGUACAC